AUGAUGAGUGCCGGCACUUCCGGGUGAGGUCACGUGGGCAGCGCGUCAUGUGACCUGCGGCGCUGCGGGCAGGAGGGCAUGGCCGCCUCCCGCCCGCCCCGGGUGGUGCCGGGCGAAGCCUCCGAGAGCGACUCGGAGCCGGAGCUGCUGGUGGAGACGACAGGGGAGGCCCCCGGAGCCGGGCUGAAGGUGCCGGGCGAAGCAUCCGAGACCGAAGAAGAGGAGGAGGAGGAGGAGCAGAGGCCGAAGACGCCGCCGGUGCCGGCGGAGGAGCCGGCGGCCGUGUGGGGGGGCGGCCCCUCGCUGCUGCAGCAGCGGCUGCGGGAGGGCACGGGGCGGCUGCGGGGCGCGGUGGGCAGCGCCUUGCGGCACAGCUACGGCAGCGCUGCCCGGAGCCUGGGCGGGCUGGGGGGAGCCCUGAGCCGGGCACAGGUGACCGCCGCCGCAGCCGCGCACUGCCUGCGCCUGGCCCGCCGCGAUCUGCGCGCCGUGGCCGACACCAUCGACAUCGUCACAGCCUGUCACCUCCUGCCCGACAUCCGCGGGCAGCUCUGACUGCCACAGUUAUGGGGCACCGCCUGCACCGGCCCCGCUGCGGCUGGCGCCAGCGGCAGCACCAUCUGCCAGACAUCUGCGGGCAGCUGCCAGCAUCACUGCUGUCCUCGGCAUCACCAGUAGCGCACCUGCCACGGCAGGGUGGUACCUGAUCACCGUCAGGAUCAUCAGUGCAGCGUCCUGCCGAGGGUGGAGCUGUGGUGGCACCGAGUCAUGUUUGCAGCACCCCACACUGACCCUGGAGACCUCUUCUCAAUGGUGGCACCAUCACCAGUGUAGCCACAGUGACACUGAACAGUGCUUUGGCACAGAGACUGCCGGUCUGGUGCUCCAGGACCUGCAUGCUCUGGUGACAUCAUUGCUGCUGGUCCCCUGGCCAGCUGCUACCAUCCCUGAACUGCAGCCUGGUGCUGGCUUCUCACCAUUGUCUCCAAAUGCCACUGUUUUAUGUGACAUUGAACUGAAUAAAGCCGUGGUGGUGUCAGA